UUACUGUCCUGAGCUGGUUGGUACAUCAGAAACCUUCUUCAUACCAGUGAAUAUUCCUUCAAGUUUCUCACUUGUGGCGAGAAAUAUUCCUACAGAUCAAACAAAGAUCCAGUCAUUCGAUUGCAUUCUUCUUAUUGAUGGAGAUGAGACACGAGUAGAAACUGCAUUCGUCAAUGAAAGUUAUGUUCUGUGUGGGGCUAAAGAGUACAUGUAUGCUGACGACAUCCUUCAAAACAAUGUGAGCGUCUCCGUUCAAUGGAAUGACCAACACUAUAUACAUGACCCUAAUGAUGCAUAUGUGACUCUGUACAAGUGUUCAGCCAACGAUGGAAGCUGCAGCCGGUGUCUAUCUCCGGAAGCAACACCUUCGUUUCUAAACUGCGGUUGGUGUGGGAACGACUGUAAUGUCAUUGAGAGUGAUGUUUGUCAGAGCAAUCGAUUUGUCAAUCAGAAUGAGACCAAUCUUUGUUCAGCACCAGUAAUAACUGAAUUUUAUCCCAUAUCAGGUCCAAUUAAUGGCAUUACAAGAUUGGAAAUCAUCGGAACCGACCUAGGAGUGGCAUUUGAUGAUGUACUAAACGUUACAAUAGGAGACUUGGUGUGUAGCCUGACUGACAUGGAUUCAUACUAUCAACCAGGGCAGAGCGUAAGUUUCCUAAUUGGGUUAUCUUUCGAGGUAACAUCAGGACAAAUCGCGAUUAAGAUAUGGUCUGGUGAAGAGACUAGGACCGGAAACAGUAAAGAACAUUUCCACUAUAGGGAUCCCAUGAUCUUGGGAUUUAGCCCUACUGAGGGACAGGCAGCGGGAGGUACCCGAAUCACAAUUACAGGAACGUACCUCAACACAGGAAGAAUCAUCGAAGCUAGAUUUGGAGAAGCACAUUGCAAUGAUUUGACCGUUCGUGAUAUGACAGCGACAUGCAUUACCAGCAGUAAAACAAUAAAUGAAGAGACUUCAUUGAUAUUCAUCAUGUCGUUUGAUGGAGUGGAAAGAACGUUUAGAGAAUACAGCUUCACUUACAAGUUAAACCCAGUAAUUAUUGCUAUUGACAGAUCCGAAGCAAUCAUGUCAGGAGGUCUUAAUAUUGAAAUAACAGGGGAACGGUUUGAUCUGGUCCAAAUCCCCAGGAUCAUUGUUACGUCACCAACAACUAGCGCAUUUGAGCUUUGCAACGGAACAGACACUCUGCUGAUAUGCCCAUCGCCAAAAUUUCCUGACGAUGUCGCCUCUACCGUGAGGAAAAGAGCACCUGACGUAAUCACGUUUGUCGCAAAUCUGACAUUUGACUUCGAUGGUUACAUAAUCAAUGGCGGCUUGAUAGAAUACUACCCAGACCCAAUUUAUGAAAGCUUCGGUGGACCAAACAGACUCUAUGAAAGCAGUAACGGACGGCUCGAAAUAACAGGAUUUAAUUUAGAUCUGGGAAGUAGAAAAGAUGAUAUUCAGAUUCUACUUGGACCAAGCAGUGUAUGUGAUGUGGAUUACCUUAAAACCGAUGUUGUUGGAUGCCAGCUACCCGAAGAGAGACCCCUCGCAGGUGAUGAGAAUGGAACACGCAGUGAAGGAACCACGAGGAACUUACCAGCAGUGACGGUGUUACACGGAAACCUAAAGUUCUAUCCGGGAUUUGUUUCAGCGUGGCCUACGGAAGGAAACCCGUUGAUAGCUACCGUAAUACCCACUGUUAUUGUAUUGCUCAUCUUCAUCACCAUACCUACAAUUAUUCUAGCCUGUUGGUAUAGGAAGAAACGGCUUGAAGUGAAACGUGCCAAGGAAGAAGUAGCCAUGGUUCGAAUGAACAUCCUGAAAAGAGUUCGCGAAGUCUCUAGUACAAGUUUAGAUAUGACGGAUGCUGAUAACAGAGUUCAGUCUCAAGGAGUUCGUUUUGUGGGGAAUGUCCAGUAUGUGACACUGAUGAUGUUUGCCGGGCUAGGUGUUCACCCAGAAACAUCAGAUCCAGAGUACAUGGAAGACUUUAUGGAGCAUUCAGUUAUCGUACUCUACCGAAUGCUAAAAAAGAAGGAGAAAAUGAUAGAGUUCGUCAGGCAAUUGGAAACGAAGAAAACGGGACAAGGUCGAGAAAGGGAAUUAAUUGCAUCCCUGUUAGCAAUCACGUUCGUCAGUGAAUGGAAUUCAAUUGUCUUUACAGAAGUGAUGACCGCUCUUGUUGAAGAUGAAAUCAUGGGGGCAUCUGAAUCCAGAAGGCCUCUGGACAAACUAUUCACAAAAACUGAAUCGGUCACCGAGAAACUGAUCAGCAAUUGGUUUUCAAUCUGCAUGUUCGAGUACCUAAAGGUAUAUGGACUCUAUUCAUUAUUCAUGCUGUACCAAGCAAUAAAGACCCAAGCUGAGAAAGGUCCUAUAGAUGCUGUGACAGGGGUUGCGUACUACACGCUGGAGGCUGAUAAACUCAUAGAUGAAGAGAUCGACUUUCAUUCUCUUAACAUCGAUGUUGUUGAUGAAGACGGCCAUACCUAUGUUCGAGUAAACGUUUUGAAUGUUGAUACCGUGAAGCAAGCCAAACAGAAGAUCCUAGAUUGCCUUUGGAUGAAGGGUUUCUGCCUGCUACCGAGGGAUGUUGAUGCAGUUGACCUUGUUUGGAUCGAAUCUCCUGAAAGCUAUACUUUGCUUCAGGAUGUUGACGACAUGUCUGAGACACAGAGCAAGGUCAUGUUCAAUACAAUGAAGAGCUACGGGAUUAGGAACGGAUCUCGUGUUGCACUGGUAGGUAAGAACCAGCUACCGAAAGCACCUGUCAAUGGCUACCAAGCUCUUGAUGUCAAAGAAUUAUCUUCGAACACAUAUGAAUCCUUGAUACCUGUAUCAGAUGAGACGAAUCUUACAUCAGGACCAUCUCAACUGACUUUGAAUGCUGUCCAUUUAAAGAUUGAUGCUGAAUGGCCAACAAGGAAAGCAGUCAACCUGCCUGAUAACAUCAAAAGAAAGAGAGCAGAGCUUGAUCGGAAUCUUGCUAUCCCACACAUGCUUAAAAUGAAAGCAUCAAUAGGUCCAUACGUAGAUGGAGUCUUUGAGGUUAUGUUCAAGAAACCAUCCCGGAUCCCUUUACCUGUAAAGCAUCUCUUUGACACGUUUGAUGACCUUGCCGUCAAAUACACCGAUGGGAAAUCGUCCAAGGAAUGCGCGCAAAAUUGGAAGAUGAAUUGCUUGUCUCGCUUCUGGUGUCAAAUACUUACCAACCUACCAUCUUUGUUUGACAUGCCAAGAUCAGAAACGGCUGAUCGAUGUGUCAUCGCUGUUGCUGAAGCCAUUACAGAUGCAGCUAGAACCACCACGCUGUCACAGAGUGAAUCAUACCAUCUACCCUACUACAAAGAACAUCCACUACAGCGACAGAUGAUGUCUGACUACUGCUCCCUGAUAUCAAGCCAAGCAAAGGUCAAGUCAAGACUCAAGUUAACAAGAGCCUGUUCCUCAAUCACAAAGGAGUUCAAAGGUCAUUUUAGUCACCUUUCGAAUUUGCUGCACCUUUACAACCUAACCAAGGAUGACGUAGAGGGCCUCUUGAAAUAAAGUGCGUGGAAAAAUCUUAAUGCCACGCUUGAAGUAAUAUCAUUUCAUAAAAGGCGCCAAUUAAAGUUAACAUCCGUGAUCGGCGCCAGAAUGUGGAUGUUGGUAAUGGGAGGAUCUUAAUAAUGUCUCCGUUGCGAAAUAGGUGUAUUAUAACUAGGACGACCCAAUCAUACCUUUUAUAUUUUCCAUGUUCAAGCUUUCCGUGGUCUUAGUUACCAAAAUUUUAAUUCACUACUUGACAAAUGAAAUAACCCUAAUAGACUAAACGCUUUAGACCAAUACAUACCGUAGCAACAAGUGUGUAUAUCUCCAGUGUUUGCCUCGGCAUUAAUAUUAUAAAUUCAUUUUUACUUUCUACUAAUAUCAUCAAACAUCUUAGUAUUGGGAAAUUUUCAAUGGCAUGACAUUAGUUGGGAAUAGGGGGUAGCUUAAAGGAUUACAAGAAAAUAGAUUCGCUUGUUGAAUUAUUGUUAAAUAACUAGUACCAAUCAAGACAUUUCAAAUAUAUAUUCAUGCCAUUUGUUGUUUGACCAGUGUAAAAUGUGAUUGUAGAUUCUCAUAAAAUCUGCAAAAUGUCCACCUGCACAAACAGUUACUUAGUCAAGAGUAUAGUAAAUACGAUAUAUCAGUUUCCAUACCAAUGGAAAUGAAGGAAGUGUGCUAUGACAUCGUGAUCUUGCACAAUACAUAUAUGCAAAACGGAUAUUCCAUCACUCAUGUAUCUAACAUCCGAUUUUUUUAUAUGUAUUUUUUUAGAAUCUGUAUAUGGUUUCGUUUAUGUAACUUGAUUCUGUCGAUUAAUCAAACUUGAUCCCAAGAUCGAUAACACCUUAAGUAGAGUGCAUUUAUACUUUACUUACGAUUCGUAAAUCUUAUUAGGAAUAAAUUCCUCAAAUUAGGUUUUUCGUACCAAUUAACAUUAUAAUCGAUUGUAUCAUUAACUAUAUAUUUUACGGUGAAAAACUUGAUGCAUGUUAUUUUAUUAAUAUGAUAUUUGUAGUAUAUAUUGGUUUAACUGAUCAUGUAGCGUUCUCUCUUUCUUACAUAUAAAAAUAUGAAGAUAAGUAGUAAUAUAAGUUUGUUUAUGCUUUUGUUUGUAGUAUAUAAACGCAGAAUAACUACAUGGUAAGUAUAAGUUUAUACUAUAAUAAUCCAGAUUUUAAGAUUUGUAUAUUUAUAUUAUAAAUAUCCUUAAUGAUGUAUGUUCGAUUCAAUGAGUCAUAUUAUGCAGGUCUUGGAAUAAAUGUUUCUUAAGGGAACGUAUUCAUGUUUGCUGAGUUUUUUACCCCAUAUUGGGCAAAAAUGCACGUUUUAAGGGUAAAUUUCAACGUAGCAUUGCGUAAAAUUUACAAGAUAUUUGGUAUCUUUUUACCCAACCAACAUGCAUGUUCCCAUUUUACCCAAUAUAGGGUAAACCAUUUUUAGAGUGUUAGAUUAUCUUAAACACAUUAACAAAAAAGUAGAUGUUAUAAACAGAUAAGAGUGUACUAUGGCCAAUGAAACAGGCUUUUUAUGACUUCAUAAUUAGUAUAUGUAUAUAUUGUACGGGAACUUACCUAACCAUGGCAGAUAAAGAAAAAACAGUUUCCCAGAAACAAUCAUUUUUGUCUCACCUGCAUAGCAGAGUGAGACUAUAGGCGCCGCUUUUCCGACGGCGGCGGCGACGGCGGCGGCGGCGUCAACACCAAAUCUUAACCUGAGGUUAAGUUUUUGAAAUGACAGCAUAACUUAGAAAGUAUAUGGACCUAGUUGAUGAAACUUGGCCAUAAGGUUAAUCAAGUAUUACUAAAUAUCCUGCCUGAGUUUCAUGUCACAUGACCAAGGUCAAAGGUCAUUUAGGGUCAAUGAACUUAGACCAUGUUGGGGGAAUCAACAUCAAAAUCUUAACCUAAGGUUAAGUUUUUGAAAUGUCACCAUAAAUUAGAAAAUAUAUGGACCUAGUUCAUGAAACUUAUACAUAAGGUUAAUCAAGUAUCACUGAACAUCCUGCAUGAGUUUCACGACACAUGACCAAGGUCAAAGGUCAUUUAGGGUCAAUGAACUUUGGCCGAAUUGGGGGUAUCUGUUGAAUUACCAUCAUAACUUUGAAAGUUUAUGGAUCUGAUUCAUGAAACUUGGACAUAAUAGUAAUCAAGUAUUACUGAACAUCCUGUGCAAGUUUCAGGUCACAUGAUCAAGGUCAAAGGUCAUUUAGGGUCAAUGAACUUUGGCCAAAUUGGGGUAUUUGUUAAAUUACAGCCAUAAAUUUGAAAGUGUGUUGGUCUAGUUCAUAAAACUUGGACAUAAGAGUAAUCAAGUAUCACUGAACAUCCUGUGCGAGUUUCAGGUCACAUGAUCAAGGUCAAGGUCAUGUAAGGUCAAAGAACUUUGGCCACGUUGGGGGUAUUUGUUGAAUUGCCAUCAUAUCUCUAUAAGUGUAUUGGUCUAAUUCAUAAAACGUGGAAAUACGAGUAACCAAGUAUCACUGAACAUCUUGUGCGAGUUAUAGUAGUUUUCAAAAUCAGCACUGCUGCUAUAUUGAAUCGCGUGAUGCAGGUGAGACGGCCAGAGGCAUUCCACUUGUUUAUCUUAAGAGACAUACUUUUACCAUUUUAAUUUUGUGGACAAUUAUUUUGAGUACCCUCGUUCUCGACGUGGUGAUCAUUAAAAAGGCAAUGAUUUGAAUAUGAUUUUUUUAUGGUAAUGAUGCUGAUUUAUCAAUUUGUAUUUUUAUCAUU